AACCCCUCUAAUAAAUCUCCCCCUCUUCCCUCCCACCAAACCCACCCCCACACACACCAAGCUCGUUACUACUAGUCACUAGAGCUGGCGGCUUGAGCUGUUUAGCCGACCAAGAACUCACACACAUCUCCUCCGGUUCCUCUCUCCAUCACCACCAUCUCCAUGAGCAGCAGCCACACGCGUCCCGCAUUGCCAGCACCUUCUUCCUCGUUGCUGCACGUCUAGCCAGCCAGCCCGCCAGAUCUCCAUCUCCUGACUCCUGACAAGAACAAGAGCCGGAGGAGGGCGUGCCUAGUGGAUAGCUUGCCGGCGAUGGAGCUGGUGGCGAUGCUGACGCUGACGCUUCUGGCGUGCUCGGCGGCGAUGCUGGCGCGGCUGCUGGUGGCACGGGCGCGGCGGCGGCGCUGCUACCUGCUGGACUACGUGUGCUACAAGGCGACGGACGACCGGAAGCUGCCGACGGACCUGUGCGGCGAGAUCAUCCAGCGGAACAAGCUGCUGGGGCUGGAGGAGUACAAGUUCCUGCUCAAGGUCAUCGUCAACUCCGGCAUCGGCGAGGAGACGUACGGCCCGCGCAACAUCAUCGAGGGCGGCGAGGCCCGACCGGACCGCCUGAAGGAGGGGAUGGAGGAGAUGGACGAGACCUUCCACGCCGUCCUCGACGAGCUCUUCGCCCGGUCCGCCGCGCCGGGGGGAGUCGGCAUCCGCCCCGCCGACGUCGACAUCCUCGUCGUGAACGUGUCCAUGUUCUCGCCGGCGCCGUCUCUGGCGGCGCGCGUGGUGCGCCGCUACGGCCUCCGCGAGGACGUCAAGGUGUACAACCUCACCGGCAUGGGAUGCAGCGCCACGCUCAUCGCCCUCGACCUCGUCAACAACUUCUUCAGGACGCACGCGGGGCAGGUGGCGCUGGUGAUGACGUCGGAAUCGAUCGCGCCCAACUGGUACGCCGGCAACAAGCGCUCCUUCAUGCUGGGCAACUGCCUCUUCCGCUCCGGCGGGUGCGCCUACUUCCUCACCAACGACCCCCGCCUCCGCCCGCACGCCAAGCUCCGCCUCCGCCACGUCGUGCGCACCCACACGGGCUCCUCCGAGGAGGCCUACAACUGCGCGCUCCAGAUGGAGGACGACGCCGGCCGCCCCGGCUUCCACCUCGGCAAGGAGCUCCCCCGCGCCGCCGUGCACGCCUUCGUCCACAACCUCCGCGUCCUGGCGCCCCGGGUGCUCCCCCUGCCGGAGCUCCUCCGCCUCGCCUGCGCCACCCUCUCGGCCCGCCUCGCCCGCAAGAAGCAGCGCGGGUCCAACCACCUCACCAUCCGCAUGAAGGCCGGCGUCGACCACUUCUGCGUCCACACCGGCGGCGCCGCCGUGAUCGACGGCGUCGGCAAGGGGCUCACCCUGACGGAGCACGACCUGGAGCCGUCCCGGAUGACGCUGCACCGCUUCGGCAACACCUCCGCCAGCAGCGUCUGGUACGUGCUGGGCUACAUGGAGGCCAAGGGCAGGCUCCGGAAGGGCGACCGGGUGCUCAUGCUCACCUUCGGCGCCGGGUUCAAGUGCAACAGCUGCGUGUGGACAGUGGAGAAGCCGGCAACCGACGCCGGCGUCUGGAAGGACCGCAUCGACCAGUACCCGCUCAAGGACGUCUCCAACCCCUUCAUGGAGAAGUACGGGUUCGUCAAGGACAUGAUGAACUUGUGAUCGGCCGGCCAGGAGUCAGUGAUGUCGACACGAUCGACCACGCACUGCUCCACUUAAUUCACAUGCGUAUAUAGGAUACAUCCGAGUAAUUCUUCGACAGGUUCAGGCAAGGAUGGAGCAAACUUGCUUCAGAAGCAGAGAGGGUCGAUGGAUGGAUGGAUCACCAUUAUAUUCAAUUCAGUGUUACUACCGUGUUAAUUACUUGAACACAAGAAGGGGAACGAAGAUUAAGCUGAAGAGGAUUCAUAGGUAUAAGUAGCUUAUGAUUCUUUUGUGGGGGGUGGUGGUGGUGGUGGUGGGAAGACUUUACGUAGCAGGGGAUAUGGUUUCUUUUUCUUCUUUCUUCUCUCUUCUUCUACCAGUUUCUGCUUGGUCGUCAGUCGGUGCCGUGUUGUUCUUUAUUAUUUACUACGAAUGGUGAUGGAUUAAAGUGGAAUUAUUCUUUAAUGGAGUUCUUAUGUAAGGUUGAUAAUAAAAGGUCAUACGCAUAGUACUGUAAACA